AUGGCUCCCGUCGCUAUCACCCCUGAAGUCUCCCCCGAGCGCCCCAUGAUCGUCAAGAAGGUCCAGGGCAGCCGCUCGCACUCUAGCUCCGUCUCAUCUGUCCACUCCAUCCAGCUCAACGACGGCAACUACAUCCCCACCGUCGCCCUCGGCGUCUACAAGGCCCCCAACGGCCAGGAGACCGAGGACGCCGUCACGGCCGCCCUCGACGCCGGCUACCGCCACAUUGACUCGGCUGCGCGCUACGCCAACGAGGAGGCCUGCGGCCGUGCCAUCCGCCGCUGGCUCCAGAAGACGGGCACUCCCCGCGAGGAUGUUUUCAUCUGUUCCAAACUUUGGGAUGCUGACCACGGCUAUGAGGCCACCUUCAACGCCCUCUGCUCGUCGCUCGACAAGUUUGGCCUCGACUACCUGGAUCUCUACCUGAUCCACUCGCCCGCCGACGACGAGGAGAAGCGCCUCGAGUCGUGGCGCGCCCUCGAGACCGCUCAGCGCCUGGGCAAGGUCAAGUCCAUCGGCGUCUCCAACUUUGGCGCCGCCCACAUUGAGAACCUCAUUGAGAACGCAACCGUCGUCCCGGCCGUCAACCAGGUCGAGGUCCACCCCUUCUGCCAGCGCCAGGCUCUCGUCGACCUCUGCGACAAGCACGGCAUUAAGAUCGAGGCCUACUCUCCCCUGGCCCGCGGCAACAAGCUCGAGGACCCCACCAUCGGCAAGAUCGCCGAGAAGUACAGCAAGACUCCUGCUCAGAUCCUACUCAACUGGAAUGCCGCCCGCGGCAACGUUGUCCUGCCCAAGUCCCUGACCGCCCACCGCAUCAAGAGCAACUUUGAGUCGUUUGACUUCAAGCUUGCCCCCGAGGACGUUGCCACCAUUGAUGCUCUGGAGUCCAACUAUGUCACUGGCUCUAUGCACAAGUCUGUUGAUUAA